ACCUCUUUUGCUCCCCGCACAUUUCAGGCGCUGAGAGCGUUAUUGCGCGAUCUCGAAAAUGGACAAGAUAAUCGAGUCCAUCGGUUCGUUCUUUGGUGGCAGCGAUCAGAUCCCUUGGUGCGACCGCGACGUCAUUGCUGGCUGUGAGAGAGAAGUUUCGGAUGCUUCAAAUGGUGAUUCUGAGGAGCGGAAGAGUGAAAGCAUCAUGAGAUUGUCGUGGGCGCUUGUUCAUUCAAGGCAACCAGAAGAUGUGCAACGGGGGAUAGCCAUGCUUGAAACUUCUCUGGGAAAUAAUACCAGUCCUUUGCACCAAAGAGAGAAGCUAUAUCUUCUUGCUGUUGGAUAUUAUAGGAGUAGUGAUUAUUCUAAGUGUCGGAUGCUUUUGGAUCAGUGUUUAGAGAUUGCACCUGAUUGGAGGCAGGCUCUGUCCCUCAAGAAAACUGUUGAAGACCGAAUUGCUAAAGAUGGUAUUAUUGGAAUUGGCAUCACUACCGCAGCUGUUGGACUUAUAGCUGGAGGACUUGCAGCAGCGUUUGCCCGCAGGGGAUGAGACAUUCCCUACUCAUAGAGACAUGCUUGCGAUUUUGGACUCUUGUUUUAGUUUUCUUCAAGAAGCGUGUUAAAAGGUCAAUGAGUUGACAACUGCUACUUCUAACGUUUUAAAUCCUCUCCAAACAUUAAGAUACACAAACCGUAAAAGAAUUACUGUUUUUCAGUACGAUA